UUGGCCGGAAUGAUUUAUGAUUUUGUGUAUGAAGAGUCGAACAAUUAGCCGAUUAUGUGCGUGUGAAGAGUGAAUAGUGAUUAAUAUCUCCAUUUCUCUUGUGCGUGAGCGUGAUUGUGAACGGACGCUUUUCCGUCGUCGGGUGAAAGGUGAAAGGAAACGUCUCUUGGGUGCGUGUUGGCGCGUGUCGUGAAAAAUCGUUUCGGUAUUUCCGCCCUCGUGUGAUCCGUGGCUUUGUGACAUCAUCAUCAGUGAGCAGUGGGGAGAAAUCUUUCGGAAACCAGUCACAGGAGAAAAUCAUUAAACACACCAUCAACAGGGCGACUUCGACGAAUCGCGCUACAAAGAGCGGAGGCCAAGUUUCAAUCUGUCCGAGGAAAGCCACUGGUUUCGAAGCUAUAAAAACCCGGUCCGGGGCCACCAGGAAGAAAACUGAUGUGAUAUUAUUACUAUUUAUUUAUUUAUUACAAAAACUUCCGCGUGGUUACUCGCUGCUUGACGAGUGACGCUGACGAAAUUAGUGCAAACGGUUUACUGUUGGUGCUGGCCAAACAGGAGAAAUCAAGCCGCCGUGGAAAUAGUUUAGUUUUGUCCGUGAAUAGUAGUGCUGCGUGAGUGAGUGUAUUUCUCAAACAUUCCGCCAACAUGGAGUUCCGCUUCAACAUGCACCCGCUGUUCCGCUCGCGGAUCGUGCGAAUAAACAACUCUCUGCUACCAACCGGAUUCACCGCCCAGUCCCGUCGUGUUGCGCUCGAUGCGACCGCACAAAUUUCAGAGAUCAUCAAUUUCGUGGGCUCGAUGUCGGCCCAAGCCCAGGGCCUGUCGGUUCCGGUGACGACUCCGCAAAAACUGCGCAACUCUGACCACCACAUCUACCUGAUGUUCGAGCCGAACGAUAAAAAUGGUCUCGUUGUAGGCAUCCUCAAGGUGGGCCGCAAAUCGCUGUACGUGUUUGAUCCAUCGGGUGAAACGGUUAACGUGACCGCACCGUGCGUGUUGGACUUUUAUGUUCACGAAUCGCGCCAACGCGGCGGCAUCGGCCGCGAGCUGUUCGAGCAUAUGCUGCGCGAAGAGCACAUACAGCCGGACGAGCUGGCAAUCGAUCGGCCAUCGGAGAAGUUGCUCGGCUUUCUACAGAAACACUACGGACUGUCGAAAAAGAUUCCCCAAAUGAAUAAUUUCGUCGUCUACGAGGGCUUCUUUGCUAGCAAGGAGCAUAAUUCUUCCGACAUUGACGGGCGUCGCAUGCACAUCACUGCUAGUCCUAACACGAACCUUUUUGGACCGACGUUCACGACGACCAACGCCGAGGAGCGGCGUAGUACCUCACAGACACGGACCACGGUCGUGUCACCGCCGGUCAUCACUCAGCCGCCCGUCGGCCGGUACGCCGCCAAACGACCAUCCUGCAGCAUGGCCCAGAUAAUUCACAACAGCCCCACUACAGUAUCCGCGGAACCUAACAGCACUAACGCUACUAACACUAACGCCAACGGGCACGCUAAUGGCGGUGCGAACGGUGAUCACGAUCAUUGCCUCCACCAUCAUCACGAGCAUGGCGAACAGCGGCAGCAGGCCCAGCAGGAGUAUGAAACGGAUUCGAUCGACGGUGAGCAGGAGUUGGCCGAGCAAAUGCGUCGCGUUGAGCUGCAAUCUGCAUCGCUUUCGCAUGCACCACCCUCCGCCGCAUCAUCCCACACACCGCACGAGGUGAAGUUUGCCGACGAAGUCGGAGGCGAGGGCCAUCACUAUGCUUACGAGGAUAUUCCCGAGCCCGGUCCCGACCCGGAUCCGUACGAUUUCCAUCCCCACCAGCUCGAGCUGUCCGUGGGCGACGAGGCGCAGCAUGACGAUGGUGGCACCAAUCGAGACCCUUCCCUUUCGCCCCAAUCCGUUAGCCAGCAGGCGACACCGGAACAUCCGGCCGGACCGGGGCUGCCGGGGAGCCGAAAACCAGCGCGGUACACCAAGCAGCAUACCGGUCUGAAGAACAUCUCGUUCGGGGUCGGGGCGGCCGUCAUGCCGAGUGGCAAGAUGGAGUUCGACCAGGAAGAGAACGAAGGCUUCGGUUCGGUGAAGAUCAAUCGUCCGAUCGGCCGGUCGGGCGGUUCGGCACGCCACGGUGAUAACGACAACGAGUCGGUGUACUCCAACGGUAGCCAGCAAGGUGCCGGAGGGGGCCAUUUUGACCUGAAGUUCUAUCACAACAAGCUAUGGUAAGGCCGCCGGGCCGUUGAUACUGUCGAGAAGUUACCAAAGAACGCACACACCAUCGGAAUGACGACACUAUAACGGUUGCAGACGAGGGAUGCGCGCUGGAGUCGUUUAUUUGAGUAGUGUGUUAUACUAACCCUCCCCGGCUAGACCAGGUUUUCUGUGUGCGCUAGUUUAGAAGGACACAGCACGCCACCGGAUGUGGCAGGUUCCCCGUAGUGCUUCCCGCUCCCAUGAUCAUCGCUCCCGGAGAUGUUCAGGCUUGUUGACGGUUGAUUUGUUUGCUUUAGUCACUUCCCAUGAUCACUAGUUGAUCGCCGGCCGGUUUGUGUAUUAUCGUUGUUCGUACUGUUUGUUGAUUUACGUUUGUUGGUACGUUGUUUGUUUUGCUCUUAUUACUCUUUUUUCAUGAGUGGAUGCGUGGUGCAAGAAGGCAUCGAGUCUCGAAACGUUUUACCGUUUUUCGCCUUGUUGUUUCCGUUGCAGAAAUAUACAGCAGGAUUUUCUCGAGGAUUAUAUUCUCCACUGAGUCUCCGCUCGCACAGUACUAAAGGCUGGCUAAAUGACUGGCGACAGACCAAGAUGAUUUUUCUUAACCAUACAUAAUUUUAAGUUAGUUUGAAGGUGGCUAGAAUCUAUAUAAAAACCAGGAAGCAGAAAGGAUUGGAGUUAUAGUAUCAGUUCCGCAGGUGAAAUGUAAUACAUUGUAAAAGGGUACAAACAUCUAUCUGAAAACUUGAAGCAUCUAACACACGGCGGUUGCAGCAAAUCGUCUUUACAGCCCUUUUUAACGACGAAAGCUACGCUCCCGAUUCCCCGAUUUACCCCGUUGUUUUGAUUUUUUCCAAACUUAAAUACCCAAAGGUCCCGUAAUGACUUUACUUUCAUACAAGCAGAUGAAGGGAGUGCCCUUUAGUGCCGCCCAAAGCCCAAAGUAAGUUAGGAACAGCCAAUAGUGGCUAACGUAAUAAGAAAUCUGUAUCGUAUCGUCGCAACUUUAUAAACCCGUCGGCUUCACAAGUAGUGCAUAUAAUCAAACCCCUCUGAGGUGUACCUACCUUUUCCUUACAAGUUGGAAAACUCGCCCUCUUCUUAAUCGAUCAGU